CAUUGUGUACUAGUUACAAAUGGAAAAUUAUUUCAAAGGUAAAAAUGUGGAAGAAGAACUGGAAAGAAAUAAAAUACCUAUAAAGGAUCUUCCCAUAGACUUUCUUUGGAUGCAAGUUAAAGGAGGUAGUAAGAUGAGCAAUCUUCUCGCCCAUGCAUCUGGUAUCCUAGAAGACAAAGCAGCGACCUCUGUCGUGUGGACAGGAACUGGAGUCGCUAUACCUAAAGCCAUAUCAUGUGCAGAAAUUCUCAAAAGACAAUUUUCCAUUGAACACCAAGUAACCAAACUUACGUAUAAAAAGGUCGAGGAGUAUUGGGAGCCAAAGAUUGAUGGACUUGAAAAAAUCAUUGUAAAAAGAGAAAUACCCGUGAUUCAUAUAUUUUUAUCUACUAAUGAUAUUCAAGACCAGAAUCAAAUAGGGUACCAAUCUUUGAAAGGCAAAAAAUUUUGGCAAAAAGGUCAAACUAGCACUAUUAGUAAAAACCAGCAGUCAUACAAAACUAAGAAGCCUUUCAAACAUAAGAAAAAUCCAGUUGAACCAUGAAAAUGUUAAUUGAUAAAACUGUUACUUUACU